CCCACAUAUCCCGCAUCAAUUUAAUUGCAGAAACUAUAAAACCUUUUCCCCUGCACAAACCCUAGUUCCUCUUCUUCAUCGUCUCAACUCGCUCCUCUCAACUCAGAACGAUGGGAAAAAAGCGAGAGAAGUCGGUGAACGUCUCGGGAAAGCCGAAGCAUUCGCUCGAUGCCAACAGAGACAAUGGCGGUAGCGCAUCUAAAGGCGGCGCAUCCAAAGGCGGCCGUUCCGCGGCCACUGUGCGGCGUCUUAAGAUGUACAAUACGCGCCCCAAGCGUGACUCCAAGGGAACUAUUCUUAAGCAUGAUUUGCAGUCCAAGGAGUUGCCGUCUACUCGUAUUCAGCCCGAUCGUCGCUGGUUCGGCAACACACGAGUUGUUGGUCAGAAAGAGCUCGAGUUUUUCCGGGGUGAGCUCGAGAGUCGCUUAUCAAACAACUAUAAUGUGAUUUUAAAAGGGACAAAAUUGCCCAUGUCGCUUUUAACUGACCAUCAGAAGCAAGCACGAGUUCAUCUUCUUGACACAGAGCCCUUCGCUGAUGCAUUUGGGCCGAAAAGGAAGCGGAAGCGUCCAAAGCUAGUGGUCUCAGAUUACGAGGCAUUAGCCAAAAAGGCUGAUGGUUCUCAAGAUGCCUUCGAAGAGAAAUAUCCUUCCACUGCCUUUGAAGCAAGUGAAGAUGGAUUUAGAGAUCUGGUUAGGCAUAAUGUGUUUGAUAAAGGUCAAAGUAAGCGGAUAUGGGGAGAGCUUUACAAAGUGUUAGAUUCAUCAGAUGUUGUUAUUCAGGUCUUGGAUGCUAGGGAUCCUCAGGGUACAAGAUGCUAUCACCUGGAAAAGCAUUUGAAAGAGAAUUGCAAGCACAAACACAUGAUCCUUCUUUUAAAUAAGUGUGAUCUGGUUCCUGCUUGGGUAACAAAAGGCUGGCUAAGGGUUCUAUCAAAGGAAUAUCCUACUCUGGCGUUCCAUGCGAGCGUUAACAAGUCAUUUGGCAAGGGGUCACUUCUAUCCGUGCUGAGACAAUUCUCUCGUUUAAAAAGUGACAAGCAAGCAAUAAGUGUGGGAUUUGUUGGAUAUCCUAAUGUUGGGAAGUCAUCAGUCAUCAACACUUUACGAACGAAAAAUGUAUGCAGGGUGGCUCCUAUUCCUGGAGAGACUAAAGUUUGGCAAUACAUUACACUUACGAAGAAAAUCUUUUUGAUCGACUGUCCUGGAGUUGUUUACCAAAGCAAUGACUCUGAAACUGAUAUUGUGUUAAAGGGCGUGGUUCGUGUCACAAACUUGCCUGAUGCUGCUGAGCACAUUGGUGAAGUACUGAGACGUGUGAAAAAGGAGCAUUUAGAAAGAGCUUACAAAAUAAAGGAAUGGGAGGACGAUAAUGAUUUUCUGGUCCAGCUCUGCAGACUCACCGGCAAACUUUUGAAGGGAGGUGAACCUGACUUGAUGACUGCAGGGAAGAUGAUUCUCCAUGAUUGGCAGAGAGGCAAGAUACCUUUCUUUGUGCCACCACCAAAGCUAGAAGAAGAGUCAUCUACGGAACCUGCUGGGCCAGGUCUGGAGCAGGACAAGGUGAUAGAGGAUGAUCAGCAGGCAGCAGCUAGAAAGGCGAUUGCAGAUGUUAUAUCUUCGCAGCAGCUAAAAGAAGUACCCGUUCAAGAGGAGCUCUUCAGUGAGACUGAAUUAAGAGGGGAAACAACUGAGCCGUGUCCAGCCACGAGUUCCUAAACUUUUGUCGAACACUUGCCGGACUAAAAUUUUAAAGUACAUGUGCUUUUCUUUUUAUUCAGAGAGUUAUACUUGAUGCUAUGUCAGAUAAUUUUUUGUAAGCACCUGAUUUAUAUCUUUAUUUAUACGUUAGCAGCA